AUGAUGAAGAUGCUCCUCGUCGCCAUUUGCUGCAUCGUCUCUGCUGCCGCAUCGCCCACGUACGGACACUACGGCAUGCACGGUCUUGGAGGAAUGGGCUAUGGAAUGAUGGGAUACCCAGGCUAUGGCUUCGGUCAAAUGGGAAUGGGUUACGGAGGACUGGGAUUUGGAGGACUGGGCUUUGGAGGACUUGGUUUUGGAGGACUUGGUUUCGGUGGAAUGGGUUAUGGAGGAAUGGGUUUCGGUGGAAUGCCAGGAAUGUUUGGUGGAUACCCAGGAAUGAGUGGAAUCGGAUUUUGA